GUCAGUGACCGUUGUGAAUAUCCCAAAUUUUCUUCCCCAAUCCCCUCUCUCUUCUUUGUAUUUCUCCGGCGAAACUCUAACGGUCAUUUUUGAGAAAACGAAAUUUGGCUGUUCGACAGCAAACAUUCCGCUCCUCCCUUCACAAUCGUCUGGAAUUCGUUGAGAUUGAUUGUUACUUGCUGGGAGAAGUGGAUGAUUUUUGGUUUGGAUUCAUGUUGGGGUGAUCUGCGGUGAAAAAUUAGGGUUCGAUUGUUUCGAAAGGAAAUAAUGGUUGCUUCUGUAUCGACGACGUUGAAUCCUAAAUCCGUGGCCCAGUCUCAGAGAGUGCCUCACUCUCAUAAUCCUACGAGGCCGCCUUUGUUACCUUCCGAUCCCGACAAUGGUGCCGUCGCUCGACGGCCCAAAUCCCGGGAAGUCACUUCUCGGUAUUUAUCGUCUUCCACUUCCUCUAAUUCUGCAUCGGUCCUGAGACGAUGCCUCUCCCCUUCGGUUUCCGGUACAUCUACUUCGGCGACUGUUCUGACUCCGAUGCCGCCGUCUAUCAGGCGGUCGGAAUUCAUGGAGAGGACGCAGAUAGGGACUCCCCAUCCUAAUUCGUUGGAUUUCAGAUUUGUUCAUGGUAAUGGUAGGGGCGAGAUGACGGCGGCUCAGAAGCUGUUGUUCAAUUCGACACGGAGCCUAUCGGCCUCUUUCCAAGGCGAAUCGUUUCCAUUGCAGGCUAGUAAGGCAAAGCCCGCGCGGGCUCCUGGUAUUCGGAAGGGUAUGUCGGAGCAGAGAAAAACAACCACACCAACAAAAGGUACUGGUGGCGGCGGCGAUCAGACCGAGAAUAUGAAGCCAGUAGAUCAGCAGCGGUGGCACGGUAGUCACCGGCAGGCGAAUUGUAUGAGCAGGAGUUUGGAUUGUAUGGAUGAACGGAAGAAGGUCGCUGGUGGGUCUGGGAAUGUUGUUAGAGCGCUGCAGAAUUCGUUUGUCGAAGACAGAUCUCCAUUUGACGGAAGACUUGGUUCUGAUUCUGGAAAUUUAGAGUCGGAGAGGGCGGUAGAGCCUCUUGCUGAAGGAACUUCAGACAAUAGUUCAGACGUUUCAUCCAAACACCUUCCUUCUGAUUCUGAGAGCGUGUCUUCUAGUUGUUCUUCGGGAACGCAGGAGGGUGGUGCCGGGAAAGGACAGCGUGGCCCUCGAGUAGUCGUGGUACAGGCGAGAGUAUGGCAAGAGACUAACAACCGGUUGCGAAGGCAACCAGAGCCGGGUUCCCCAUUAUCUAAGAACGUUGGAGCAAAAAGUAAAGUACCUUCGAAAGUAAAUAUUCCCAAGAAGCAUUCAAUUGAUAGUCCAGCAUCAUCUCCUCGCCAGGUUGCUAACAACAACCUGGGGCAUUCAUCUCCUGUUCGAAGUCCGAUUGGUCCUGCAUCUCCAAGUAAGCUUUUGGCGUCAUCCAUAUCAUCACCUUCAAAAGGAAGUCCAUCUCAUUUAAGAUGCUCAGUGACAAAUGGGUUCAGUAAUUACUGGAGCAGCACACCAUCUGCUUUGAGUUUUGCUAAUGAUGUACGGAGGGGGAAAAUGUGGGAUAGCAGGAUGGUUGAUGCACAUUCGUUGAAGAUUUUGUACAAUAGGCUUUUGCAGUGGCGUUUUGUCAAUGCUAGAGCAGAUGUCACUUCUUCUGUCCAGAGCCUGAAUGCCGAGAAAAACAUCUUCAGUGCUUGGAAUGGUAUUUCAAAACUGCGUGAAUCUGUUCUAGCCAAAAGACACGAGUUGCAAUUAUUACAGCACAAACUGAGGCUGGCUUCUAUCCUCAAGUCUCAAAUGACAUGUUUGGACGAGUUGGAUCUUCUGGAUCAAGACUUCUCCAGCUCUCUGUCAGGUAUUACAGAAGCUUUGGAAGCUAGAACCCUCCGCUUGCCAGUUGAUGAUGGGGCAAAGGCGGAAGUCCAGGAUGUUAAGGAAGCUAUUUCUUCAGCAGUUGAUGUGAUGCAAGCAAUGGCCCCAUCCUUAAGCUUAUGGCUAUCAAAGGUUGGAGAUGUGAAUUCUGUGGUAUCAAAACUUGCAGAUGUUAAUGCACAUGAGCGUGCAUUGCUUGACCAGUGCAACGAUCUAUUAUCUACAGCAUCUUCCAUGCAGGUAAAAGAAUUCAGCUUGAGAACACACAUAUUGCAACUAGAACGCAUAUCAGCUUAACAGGACAGGAUGCGCGGGACAGGCAUCUGCUGUACUAUACUAUUAGACCUAAGAUCAUGCAGAGAAUUGAACACAUUCUCUUGAAUUCAUGAAACAAAGAAGCAAUAAAAGAUCCAUUCACACAUUCACAGCAUGAGUCAUAGAAGUUGUGAGUGUUUUCGUAGAUGGUAGAAAACUUGUGGUGCUCAAGAGUUGUUCAAAUUUUAUCACAAUUCAUAUAUCUUUCUUUCUUCUAGUGAGGAGGCCAGGCCAACAUUUAUUGUAAAUGUCUAAUCAUGUAGUGUUAUCGUUCAUUGCUUUAUUUCCCUGCCUUAUGUGGCCUCCAACUGUUUGUUUUGUGAAAAAUAGUGCUUUUGGCUGAUGAUAGGAGCCAGUAUGUGAAAGCUCCUUUUUGAUGA